AUGGCUUUCUUAGGCCAUGUGGUGUCCGUUAAGGGCAUUAAGGUGGAUCCGAAAAAGAUUGAGGUAGUUCAUAGUUGGCCCAAAUCGUGUUCUGCCACUGAGAUCCGGAGUUUCCGUGGGUUAGCUGGGUAUUAUCGCCAUUUUUUGGAGAGGUUUUCAUCUAUAGCAACCCCAUUGACUAGUUUGAUGCAAAAGGGUUUCCCAUUCAGGAGUUCGUCCUUGUUUGAGCGCAUCAAGGAACGUCAGUGUGAUGAUCCUCACUUGCUUGUCCUGAAGGACACUGUGCAAUGCGGUGAUGUCAAGGAGGUUACUAUUGGUGAUGAUGGAGUAUUAGGAGUGCAGGGUCAUAUAUGUGUUCUGAAUGUGGAUGGGUUAUGA